GUAUUUGUCUAGCUAGCUGCUGACAAAAAUCAUCCUUCAAAAUUAGUUGUAGAAGAAAGCAAUAAUCGCUGUUGUUCAUCUUCCAGACUUCCAAACAUCCCCCACACUCACAACACUCCGGUGACUUACCCAAGCUCUCCGGUAUCCUUGUCCCACCUCAUCUCCGCCAGCCUCUGCCAAAACCCCACCUAAUCCUUUUCCAGGAUUUCGCCAAAAGUUUUUGGAACCCCAAAAAAAGAGUAAAAAUCAUAUCUUUAUCGAAAAAGUUUUUCGGUUUGCUGUUGGAAAAUUUUAUGGCCCGGUAUUUAGCUUCAGUUGUCUUGUACAUCUCCAUAACUAUUGCCGUAUAUUUGAUUCGACUGUCUUCUUCUCUUCCAUUUGUAGUACUUCAUGGAAUUGGAGAUCAGUGCUCAAACAGAGGAAUGAAACACUUCACAGAGGAGCUGACGGAGUGGUCCAAUUCUACUGGAUAUUGCAUAGAAAUUGGAGAUGGGGCUUGGGACUCCUGGUUUAUGCCCUUAGAAGAACAGACUGAAGUAGUUUGUGAUAAGGUGAAGCAAAUGAAAGACCUCCAAAAUGGUUACAAUAUCGUUGGUCUAUCCCAGGGGAACUUAAUAGGCCGAGCUGUGGUAGAAUACUGUGAUGGUGGACCACCUGUCAAGAACUUUGUCUCGUUGGGAGGGCCUCAUGCCGGCAUAGCUUCAGUCCCUCUUUGUGGUUCUGGCAUCAUGUGCAUUAUAGCUGACUCCCUAAUCAAAACAGGAAUCUACUCUGACUAUAUACAGGAACACUUGGCUCCUAGUGGCUAUCUGAAGUUACCAAACAAUAUUGCUGGUUAUUUGGAAAAAUGUAGGUUUCUGCCAAAGCUUAACAAUGAAAUCCCUGGUGAGAGAAAUUCCACUUACAAGGCAAGGUUCAGUAGUUUACAAAAUCUUGUCCUCAUCAUGUUUGAGCAUGAUACAGUUUUGGUACCAAAGGAAACUUCCUGGUUUGGAUAUUAUCCAGAUGGGGCCUUCAACCCAGUCUUGGCCCCGCAGCAGACCCAGCUUUAUAUCGAGGACUGGAUUGGGUUAAAAACUCUGGAUGAUGCUGGGAGGGUAAAAUAUGUCACAGUAUCAGGGAAUCACCUUGGGAUUUCCAAACCUGAUAUGAAGAAGUAUGUCGUCCCAUACUUGGAAGAUGAUACAUCCAAGGAGGACACUGCCGAGAUUGAACUUGGACGCUCUGCAGACUCCAGUGAAAAGAGCGAAAUGCAAACCUUACAGAGACCGCAGGAUGAGGCAUCAGCAGAAGUCAUAACUGCAGGUUCAUCAUCUUAUAGCAUUCCUUCUUCCAUCAGGAGCUUCUUUGAAGAAUUACUUGGCACCACAAACACACAGUAUGAGCCAAGACUUCGGUAUUGAAUUUAGCUCAUCUGGUUUGUUAAAUUGUGUAAACCAAUUAAAUCUUUAUCUGUAGCAGAUAUCGGCUUUGGUUCUGAUCAUGGUCCUGAUUGUUAGCCUGCAAAAUGCUUGUAUGUGCUUCUCUAUACGAAAUCAUUUGUAAUACUACCAGAUGACCUUUAUGAACAUAUUCACAACACGCAAAAGAUCCUUAUAAACGGCCUGCACUUCUUUCCUCUUUCUUAUGAGAUUGGGAAGGUCUAGCCUAUA